ACUUUUUGGUGUACUGAUACUGGAUAUUGGCUCCUCAAGAUUCCAGCUACGUUAAGUUGCUGUGGCAAAGACCCUGCAACAGCAGCAGAGGGAACAGCCUUGCAGGAGCGGUGGAGCCUGGGCGGGGUUGAUCCCUAUCAGCAUCCCCCGGGCUGUGAUAAACCCUGUCCCUUGUGUUUUCAGAGACUGCGGAGUGGCGUUGUCAGAGAUCUUGAGCGUCAGAAUCAGAAAAAGGAGAACAUUCGCCUGUUAGAAGAGCAGAUUGCUCUGACAAAGCAGCUCAUGGAAGAGAGAGACAAGGCGCUAAUGGAAAAACGUUCGCAGCAGUCCUAGGCGCUGGCCUGGCUCCUUAGAGGUUUGAUUAAAGACGUUUGAAGGUCA